AUGCAUGGGUUAGAUUUCAAGGAGAUUCAGGAGAAGAUCUCCGAGAGCUUUCGUCCGUGGCAACGUUCCUUUCAAUUCUGGGUUCGAGCUUCAAAUAUCUACACUGGUUACAAGGUGUUUCAGCUUCGAGUGAGUUUGGUGAGAGAUGCAAAGAAACAGGAGGAAAUGUGGGAGAGACAACACGAGCAAGCUGCUGACAAAAUCUACUUCAUGUGCUCUGAUCUUGGCGGAUUCUUCCUUAAGAUUGCUCAGCUUUUAGCAAAACCUGACAUGGCCCCAGCUGCUUGGGUGAGAAAGCUUGUGACUUUGUGUGAUCAAGCUCCUGCGACGCCGUAUGAUGCGGUUCAACGUGUUUUGGAGAAGGAGUUAGGUAAAAGCAUUGGUGAAAUCUUCGAAACAUUUGAUGAAAAGCCUCUGGGCUCCGCUUCUAUUGCUCAGGUUCACAAGGCAAGAGUAAAGGGUAACAAGAUGAAUGUUGUUGUGAAGGUUCAACAUCCUGGCAUCGAAAGAUUGAUGAUGACGGAUAUAAGAAACUUGCAACUAUUCGCGUUAUACAUGCAGAAAAUAGAUAUUAAAUUUGACUUGCACUCUAUAACAAAGGAAAUGGAGAAACAGAUUGGUUAUGAGUUUGACUUCAAAAGGGAGGCCAAUGCAAUGGAACGAAUUCGCCAUUUUCUUUACAAGCACAACAAAAAGUCUCCUGUUGUGGUUCCAAGGGUUCUCCGAGAUAUGGUCACUAAGAGGGUUCUGGUGAUGGAAUACAUUGAUGGGAUUCCGAUCCUGAGCCUUGGUGAUGAGAUGGCUAGAAGAGGGAUAAAUCCUCAUGAUACUGAUGCCUCACUGGAAUCUAAUAUCUCUUCUUGCCCCAGCAAUAUACUUAAGAGUUUGUCCCUUGCAUAUGGCCAAAUGAUAAUAAAAAGCGGUUUCUUUCAUGCGGAUCCACAUCCCGGAAAUAUCUUGAUCUGUAAAGGUCCAGAGGCAAGUCAUGUUGCACUGUUGGACUAUGGUCAAGUGAAGGAACUCCCUGAAAACUUGAGACUUGGUUAUGCCAAUUUAGUCAUUGACAUGGCUGAUAACAAUGCUUCACGAGUAUCACAGAGCUUUAGGGAACUUGGUUUACACACAGUGGCUAAGUGUGAGAAUGAGCAGCAAGAGCUUCUGCGGUUAGCACAAACACUUUUCGAUACAAAGAUGCCUGAUGGUCAGACAGUGUUGCAACCUUUCUCAGACGACUCUUCGAUCAAAAAGAUAGCCGUUGAGGCGUUUCCAGAGGAACUGUUCUCUGUACUUCGUACUGUAGUUCUGUUAAGAGGACUCAGUGUAGGGAUGGGAGUUAAUUACUCUUGCGCGGAACAGUGGAGAGGAAUGGCUCAAGAGGCUUUACUUGCAUCCGGAAGAUUGACAAGUGAUGGAAAGGGAAGAUCUCGGAGACGCUCUUCUCUAAGAAAGUUACGAGCAGGAAGUUAG